AUGAGCGAGAACCGACGCCCUACCAUGGACAUCGACAUCACACUCCCCAACAGUUUUUCCACCGCCUUCCCCACCAACACCGCGCUCAGCACGCCCAAGCCCACCAAGCCGAAGCAUGUGGACUUUGCAGCGCUGUCGUUAACUGGGGGGCGGAAGGCUCGGUCACGAGCUGCAGCUCCGACUGGGGCAAAGUCUGCAGGGAAGGGAGCGGGGGCGGGGGCGAAAGGAGAGAAGGAAAAGAAGGGCCAGAAGAGGAGGGUGAGCGUCCCGAUGGCGACGCGGCGCUCCAACCUCGCCGAGUCUCUCUCGGAAGAGGAGGAUGGGGAGGGGGAGGAUGGUAUGGACGUCGACGUCGACGAAGAUGAACAGCAGAGGAAGGAACUGGAGAAAAAGGAGCGCACCCACCUGGCGGUGGAGGUGGACACGCAGCGCAUGCAGCUGAUCAGCCCGCCGCCGGAGGAGGUGUUGGUACUUGAGAGGGGGAGGAGUGUGAGCGGGCAUGGGUACGGGCAUGGGAGACGAGAGAGCACGACGAACGUCUAUCCCUACGCGCCGAACACUUUGACCACCUCGGGUCGGUCGCCUGGUGCGGCUCUGACCACCUUACGGCUGAACACGACCGCGAACAAUGCGGAUGCCAGCAACUCGAAUGUGGUGAAUAGAAAUGCGAACGCGAGUAACACAGGCUCGGGGUCGAGCAAGCGCAAGCGACCACAGGCAGCGUCGGCAUCUGCUGCCUUCACUAUUACGCCGUCCAGCUCGCGGAGCAGCAAGGGCAGCACGAGCCCUGAAGAGGAAGAGGAAGAGGACGCGUCGAUGACGAUUGACGGAGGGCACGACUAUGAACAACAGCAACAGUACCAAGAGGAGCACGAGCAGCACGAGCCGGUGGAGGCGACGCCGAACCCGAAGCCGCGCAAGCAGGGACGGCUGGCGCGUGUGCCGUCGAUGGCGGGGUCGCCGACAAAGGGGUCGUUUGCGAGUGGAGAGAUGGUGCGGAGGAGCCCGAUGGGGAUGGACAAGGCGCGGGCGCAGGGCAAACGCGAAGCUCAAGUCGAAGCGCGUGGUGGUGCAGUCGCCGCACGUGAAGAACCCGUCCUGCCUGUCGCUGUCGAGGAGGACCAGCAGGAGGAAGAGGACCCCCUGGGCAGCCUGAAGCUGAAGAACCCGAGCGUCCGACGCGCCGUGCUCAGUUCGCGGGGGUCGCGGAGGAGCGCAACGCCGAUUCCGCCGUACGAGCCGCCAACGGACGUGUUCACGCCCCCGCGCGAGGUGUUCAUCAGCCCCAUCAGUGCACCUCCGCGGUCGAGCAGGAAGUCGACGGCUGCUGCUGCGAGCUCGAAGAAGAAGGGCAAGGGGCUCCGGGUGAACACGCUCAUUAUGCAGACGCAGGUCAAGCAGGAGAUCCCGGACGACAUCGACCUCAGCGCGCCGAUGCCCCCGGCCAGCCCGACGGACGACCCGCUCCUCCUCAGUGGCCCGCCGGAGCCGGAGCCGGGCGCCGUGCUUGAGCAAGAAGAGGAGGAAGUGGUGGUGCAGCGCAGGAGUGUCGAGGUGCAAGUCCAGAUGGAAGCGCCAGACCUCCCGCCGUCCUCGCCGGAACCCCCGCUCGAUACCGAUGACGCCGAGGCCGUUGACGCGUUCGACUGGCACAGAGAAGCAGCAGACACGUCGAUCGACAGCAGCAUGAUGCUCGACGACCCCGCGGACGCCGAGGUUGAGCCUGUCCGCUUGUUCGACUUCCCACUGGGCGACACGGGCGGGGGCUGGAGCGACUCGGACGACGACGAGGGUGCUGAGAAUGUGCCCAAGGGCGGCGCGCUCGAGUCCGAGGGCGAGGGCGAGUAUACGGGCCAUUGGCGCACGCUCAAGGUCCCAACGAAGCAGGACCCGCCGAGCAGUGCGACGCGUUGUAGGAUGGAGGAUUGGGGCAGGCCGAUUAGCCCGUUCCCGUAUCAGAGGGCUAUGCCGCUGGUUGGUGAGGAAGAGCAGGAAGAGGAGGAGGUGAGGAGGAUGUCCGUCGAGCCGGAGGUCCAUGUCCAGCAACACCACGAGGAGGAAGCGAGGGAAGAGGAAGAGGUCCGCCGUAUGUCUGUCGAGCCGGAGCCGGAGCCCGAACCCGAACAAGUUCAAGUGCAGCAAGAAGUCCCUGAAAUUGUGCAGGUACCAGAGGCGGUCGACGCGUCCCCGGAGGACGACGAGGAGAGCAGCGAUGGCGACGACGACCCUGGCCUCGUCAAGAUCACCAGUGCGGACCCCCGAGCAGCAGCUCGUGCAGUCGCCAUCCUCAAACAGCACGACUACGAAUGCUGUACCAAACUCGUCAAGCGGCGCCGUGUCUCGCUGGACGACAUCGCGCGGGACAACAGGAGGAAGUCGCUCGCUGCCCAUGGUGUCUCCAAGACCAAGACCAAGAAUGGCGCACAGGCCCGAAGCAGGAGAUCGAUGGGCGUUAUUGGAGAGAGGGUGUAUAUACCUGGGUCGCCGGUGGUGACGCUGCCGGAGCUUCUGGAGCAGGUCGAGAAGGAUGUUGUCGAGAAGGGAUAUGGGCAUGGGCAGCAGGAGGCGCAGGCGCAGGUGUGGAGGGAGAGAAGGGAGAGGGAGGAUGGGAGCCAGGUGUUCGAGACGCCAGUUCCUGCCCGGUCGAAGAGUGCUAACGCAAAUGCCUUCGACUUCGAGCGGCGCCUCUCGUCCCUCUCUACAACCACAACCUUCCCAUCCCUUCUGCCACUGGCAGUCGACAGCGAAGGAGGAGACGGCCCAAGACCAUGGACGAAAGACGCCUGGAAGCUCCUCGACGCGUGCUUUACCGACCAGCGGCUCGAGCUCGGCACGGACGGCUCCCUCGCGAAUGUGGAAAGUGUGGAUGUGGACCAUGUAGUACAGCGGUUCGUCGAGAUUUGUGGUGGGUGGGAGAAGGUGGGGACGUUUGGGGACGAGUGGGAUAGGGAAAGUCUGCUGCAGAGGGCAGAGGCGCUCAAGAAGAAACAGCGUGGGGGGAAGGUCGCGCCGCCGACGACGCCUGGGUUGUUUACAUCGGUUGCGACGCGGGCUUCUGGGUCGUUUGUCGCUGGGUCGUUUGCGUUUGCGUCGCCGUCAGGGCUGCGUCAGUUGAAGCCUGUAGCUCAGGCUCACCUUCAGGCUCAGGCUCAAGCUCAGGCGCGGGGUUUGGAGGUGUCCAAUGCGUCCAACGCCAGGUCGGGUACGAACAACUCGGGCAAUACGAGCUUAGGUGCGCUCAACAGGAACCGUGCCCCGCCGCCCCCGCGCCGCUCGCUCCUCGGACCCAGUGGUUCUGGUUCUGGUCCUGGGUCUAGUUCGCGUCCUGUACCGCCGCCUCCUUCCAACGACGGCCCGUUCCAGAACCUUGGACCCGAAGAUGAUGAUGAACAAGAUGAAGACAAUGGGCCGAGGAGGAGGAAGAGACUGCCGGGCAGUUUGUUGGCCCCGAGAUACUCGCAUUUGUUGGAGGAGGCGAGGGCGGUUAGUGGUAGGGGGUUAGGUGUGGGUGGGGGGAAGGAGAGGGAGGAGAGGGAGGAGAGGGAGCAGGAGCAGGAAGAGGAGGUGGUGGAUGGGGAUGGGGAUAUGUCGCGGAGCUCUAUCGAGGGCGAGGGCGACGAUACGAGCCAAGACGCUUCCGCCUCCUUCGACGACAGCAACGACGACCAACACCCUGACGAGGAAGACGACGACGAACCUACCCUUCAUACUCAACUACGGUCGACGCAGCCCGCCCAACCGCGACCCUCGACGAUCAGCACCCGCGUCAAAGGCUUCCUCUUCUCCUACCUCCCCACGCUAUCCACAUCCACCCUCGCCGCCAAAUCCAAGUCCCUCAAGCCCGUCAAACAGCAACGCGGGCUGCCCCUCCCCCCACCCCCGCCCUCCCUCCUCACCAAACCGCGCAAGCCCGUACAGACACCCGCCAAGCCAGCGCCCGCACGGGGCCCUGUACCGAAAGAGCUCGUCAACCUGCACAACGUGCCCUUGCCCCAACCAAAAGUGGGCAAGGGGAGGAGGGACCCGCCGAGGAGGCUGGUGGAGUUGGUGCCGGUGCCGCAGGAGGUGUUGGAUAAGACUGUUAAUGUGUUGGAGAAGGAGAAGAGGGGGGAGAGGGGGAGGAGGAGCAGUGGGAGUAGUGUGAGGGAUUUGAUCAAGGGGUUUGAGGAGAUGGAGAGGGAGCAGGAGCAGGAGCAGAAGGGGAAGGGGGGUGGAAGGGGCAAGGGGAGGUCGGGUUCCACACCACCAGCUAUACCACCAUUGGUCGCUGGCACAUCGUCUUUUGGCGGUGACGCCUUGCCAAUCUCGCCAGACCCUACCUCGACUAGGGCCACAUACUUGACCGUUGUGCCGUCUCGAUCUCGCCACACGUCGCCCCGCCGCAGGUCCCGUUCCACCACGGGUUCCGCCCAUUCAUCCGCAGAUGAGUCUGACUCAGGGACGGCCCACCCCCAGGAGAUGGAGAUUGAGGGCACUCAGGGAGGGGAGGAGGUCUCGAGGGACCCCUCCGUCGACCUUUUUCUAGGUCAAUACGCCUUGAAGUUCCGAGACACAGUCGAGGAUCUUCCUGGCGAUCUCGAGGUAUUGACCACCUCCAUUGCGAAGGCCACAGACUGGGUUCUGCGGGCCGUGCACCACAAUCCGCUCUCCAUCGAUGGGGGCGAUGCCUUUGUGGCCCAGAUGAUGUCCUUCGUGAACGCCAUCAUGGCCACCAACUUUAGUCGUAUUCGCGGACCAGGCGAACUCGACAACUUCUCACUCGCCUCUCUCCUUGAGGCUGAGAUGUCUUCCAAGGACGAGCCAACCAUCCACCCGGCUCCUGUAUUCAGGCCCCCUCCUCCUGCUGCCCAUGGGCCGCUCAGUGAGGGUGUCAUUGACGUAGGGGCUCCGCCCGAUGUCCUCAUGCAGGCUUUGGAUGACCCUGGUCACCCGGCCUCCCUGUCUUGCAUCCCCGCUUCCAAAAAGCGCAAGGGUGUUGCUCGUCCAGUCCCACCACCACCACCUCCUCCUCCUCAGAAGAGCAAGGUGGCCUACUCUCACCCUGGUCUGCCUCUGCCGAUCAACCAUGCUACCAAACCCAAGCCCCAUCCAACGACAUGGGCAGGGAUCGCAUGA